AGGCAUCCUGGCAACCCAGGACCUCCCUUCCACAGGCUAGCAACUGUCACAACUCCAGGGCAGGGCCUGGCACUGGAAACCAGGGAGGGACCAGUCAAUCUCCUAUUUCCUCUUCUCUUGUCCUGAGGCAACAUGACCCCUGAGGGGGCUCUCUGCUGCUUGUAACCAAGGGCCAAGGCAGAGUGGGACCUCAGCCUCUUACUUCUCUUCAGGCUUUUUAUACAGUUGUUAGGAUGUCGGACUCCUCAAUGACAGAUCAGAUGACCCGGCUGACGUUGCGACUCCUGGAACAGAUGCUGGAACAGGAACGAGAAAGCAUGGACAGAGCCGGGAUGGGCAGGGCUCAAUCUUAUCCUUCUCAGUACCUGGGACCAGAAUAUAGGUUUAUGGACAACUGAAUGAAGAUCUGGGGCCACAGGAACAUGCCUCAGUCUUUAGAACUUGGAGUAUUCAUGGCUGUGGGUAACUCUGGGAACACUGAGGGCAGCUGACCAAACAUGGGAGCCUCAAAUCUAGAUGGAAAAUGGCAAACCAGGCCACAUGCUCCAGGAAUCUGCACACAACCCAAUGGUCACAAACGUGCCAGAGGGCAUCCCAGGUAAAGCUUCCAGAGAUCAAAAUCCCAGCUCCAAUAGGAUGCCAGGGCAAGCAGACUGCUUCCAGAGCUUUCUCUGGAGUAAGAUUCUCUCCUUGCAGUUGGUGAGCAUGCCUGUCUUUUCCAGACACUUGGAUUCAGAGCUAUGGAGGCAUGAUUGGGCCUGUGGAGGCCUCCUGCAGUCCUGGAGUCCUGGAGCACUAAGAGAGAUAUGUUUAUUGACUUUCAGUGCCUUUCAGCACCAACACAAUCCACUGGGAUGACUAACCAAGCUCUCCCCUAUCUACCAUAGGCCCUCCUGCCUGCCCCAGCCCUGGUCCUUCCUUCUCUGGGAUGAAUGUUUAUGAGACACAAGCUCAGGAGGCUCCAGGCUACUCUGGAUCCUAGGGUGCAGGGUGCCAGAGCCACCCGCCAGGAUACACUCCUCAGUGACGUGUGCCUUCUCCACUCAGGGCAGCAGGAAAAGCCAGACCCUGCCCUGCAGAGUGCUUUGAGGAGAAGGAAGGACCUUCUGCAGAGACUCUGGGAACAGCGGCUGAUGGAUGAGCCCUCCCCAACCCAUGCCUGGAGCAGGACACAUGAAAGAACUCUGGCGCCUGCCCUGAACCCGAAGGUGCCUCCGAUGGAUGUCUUCCCUGCUGCCUCCCCAUCUUUGCCCCCACCCCAGGAGCCACCAAGGAUCAUCCAGCACCCGGUCCCCCAGCCUCCUGCCACCAUCAUUCAGCAGCUCCCCCAGCAGCCACUGAUUGCACAGAUUUCUCCUCCCCAGGCCUUUCCCACUCAAAGAUCUGGAAGCAUCAAGGAAGACAUGGUGGAGAUGAUGCUGAUGCAGAAUGCACAGAUGCACCAGAUCCUCAUGCAGAACAUGAUGCUCAAAGCCCUGCCUCCUGGGCCCACGGGGCCACAUGCUGCUACCCUCCAGGACCAACGAUGGCCACACCAUGGAGUCUUGCGAGCUGAGAAACAGAAGCCACCCCCAGUGCACCACCAUCACCACUACGCACCCCCCACCCAGCUGCAGGCCGCCUCCACAUCUGGCGCCCCUUCGGGAUAUUCUGUGUGGCCUCCAGUGGUUGCAGCUACUGCCCUGCCACAGGUGGCCAGCUUCUUGCCCACUGUGAGCCACCUGACUGAGCCAACUACUUCCCAUCCCAGCUACCCUUAGCACAGAAGUCUAGAGCUGGUGUCUUGCAGCAGGUAAGUGGAAAGAUGGACCUGGUCACCUCUCCUCAAUGCAUGCCAAAGAGCACAUGCACCCUGUCAUUAGGCCAACGCACUGUGGCUGAUUUGAAGAAGCCAGAAAAAAAAACAUCAGUUGCAGGUCUCAGCCCCUGUUGCCAGGUCACGUGGAGCCAUGCCGCCCCCUGGGAAAGCUGUUCUUCACCUCAGCCCAGGUCCUGAGGCAUCCCCCUUUUGACACCCUUGGUCUUCCUCUAGGGCCGCACUAGAAACAGUGCUGCCUUUCCAGGUGUGUCAGGCCAUUGACCUAGCUCAAGGAGUAUCAUGGUCUUCAGCCUUGAUUACUGUCCAGGGCCAUCUGGGAAAGCUAGGAAACUGAUGCCUCACCCAGGUGAAACACCAGCAUUUUAUUAUGAAAGACUUGAAAGAAAAACAAUUAUCAGACUUAAUCAUUACAGCCACAUACACAUUUUAACAUUCCUAUGGAAGGCUGGAAUAAGAGUCAAAUUGAGGCUGGAGAUAUAGCUUGGUGGUAGACAGUUUGUUGGACAUGUGUGAGGACCUGUGUUACGCCCUUGAUGUGCUAUACAUGCCCAUACACAAAGCAAGAGAAAGUGAAAUAUAGUAACUGAGGAAGACCUGAUUGUCAGGCCUAGAAUGAUCACUUCAUCCUAAUGUGAAGGAAGCAAGCUGAAGAAUGUAUGAUGUGAUUUCUUUAUUUUCUUUUCAGUUUUUCGAGACAGGGUUCCUCUGUGUAGCAGCUCUGGCUGUUCUGGAACUCACUCUGUAGAUCAGGCUGACCUCAAACUUAAGAGAUCUGCCUGCCUGUCCCUCCCAAGCACUGAAAUUAAAGGUGUGUGCCACCACUGCCUCGCUGUGAUUUCUUUUACAAUAUAGAGGGCCAACAAGAUUUCUCAGCAAGUAAAGGUGCUUGCUGUGAAGUCUGAAACUUAGCUUUAUCCUCAGGACAUGGUGGGUGGAUGGGGGA